AUGAAUACAUUCGCUAAUCUAAAGACUAAAAUCAAACAAGUUAAUUUCAAUAAAAUCACUAAUAAAGCUGCAAACGUAGAUGCUUAGCAAGACCAGCAAAAUCAUAAUAAUCCAUAUGUAGGAUCAAAUCCAGAUACCGCCUAGUCAACUGAAGCAUCGCAAGCGAACUUAGUUCAAUAAAUGAACCAGAAUGAUAAGACCAAUCAACCUUUAUAAUCUCCAUCUUCUUCCUAAUAACAAAAGCAACAACCUGCAUAGAAGACUACAGUUACCUUUUCAAUUCAUACAAUGGGCGAAUUUUCUCAUGAAGAACUUUAAUAAGUCAUUAUAAAAUAUGAUUCAGAGUACAAAAGAAUGAAAAAGACAUAACAAGAUUAAUAGAGUAAUUUAAAGUUGAUUGAAGACAGAGCUUUAAAAGCUGAAAAAGAAUGCUCUUCCCUUAGAGACUAAGCAAUGUGCUAUCAAGAAAACGUUGAGAGAUUAAAAGAGCAUGUGUAAAACUUAAUGAAUGAAGGUGAAAGUUCAAAGAAGGAGAAAAUUUAAAUAAUGAAGCAGCUUAAUGAUCUACAAGAGCAUUAUGAUAAAUUCAAGUCAGAUCAAGAAUAAUAGCAUUAGGAUAAAGAUAAUAAUUAUAAAAAAGAGAUAGAGAAGCUUAAUAAGACAAUUUAAGAACUUUAAAGUAAACUUUUAGUAAUUGAGUAGAUCCAAGAAGCAAAUGGGGAUGAUACAAAAUUAUCUCAGAUUCAAUCUUAGCAAUUUUCUGAUUUUGAAAAUUAGAUCAAAGAGCUUAAAGAAUAAAUAGAAAAGCUAGAAAAUGAUCAUUAGUCAAAAUUGCAAGAAAUAGGUGAUGAAUUAAAAGAUAGAAACUCUUCGAUUGAGGAUUUAAAUCAAUUAGUAUAAGAAAAACUAAAUCAAAUACAAGAUUUUGAAUUACAACUUAGUAAUGCAAGAAAUGAUCUUAAGAUUAAACAAGACUAGUUGAUAAAAAAAGAGAAACUUAAUGAGUAAUUUUAAAAGAAACUUGCAGAUUUGAUGAAUUAAAAACAAGACUAUCUUGAUAAAAUUGAAUCAUUAGAGGGCUUAUUAAAAUUAAGUGAAGAAAAAAUUACUUCUCUGAACGUGGAAAAUGACAGUUUCAAUGGUGCUUAGAAUUAGAUAGUUCAUUAGAAAGAUCAGGUUAUUGAAAAAAUUAAUGAAGAACUAAAGUAAGCAAAGUCUACAGCUAAAUCUUAAGAGACAAUGAUUUCAUAUUUCAGGAAAAAAAUUGAAGAGAUUCAAAAAUAACUAGAACAGGAGAAAAAUGAUAGGCUUAACCUUUAAAGUGAAAUAAGAAGAAUUGAGCAUCUAUCUUCAAGACAUUCAAGUCCAAGAGAUGAGGAAAAUGAGGAUGAAGAAUUCAAUGAAUAUAAGAAAACUUAGGAUCUAAUAAAUAAAGCUUAAAACAUUAUUGACGCAAGUAAUCCUUAAAGAGUUAUAAAUACUGAAGAAAGAAGAACUGGCAGAUCUAAUAGGCAAAUAAAUAGCUCAGUAAAUCUUGAUGAUGUAUAAGAUUUCAAGGUCAACUUAAAUGAGAAACCAAAAAUAUAAACAUCACAUAGGUCCAAUAGCAAAGUGAAAAGUAUGUCCUCUAAUCAAGUCAAUCUUGAAGCAUAAAACCAUUAGCUUCUUGAAGAUCUUAAGAAACUGAGAGAGGAAUAUGAUAAUUUAGUUAAAGACUUCAUGGAGUUUAAAAAGGACAAAACUUAACUUGAAGAUGAACUUGCUGAAGAGAAACUAAAAUUAGGAGUUGAUAAGAAAAAAUGGAAUGAGCAAGAGGAAAAAAUGUAGCAACAAGAAAAAAAAAUAGAUGAGUUGCAAAAAAGAAGAGAAAUGGCAUAAAGAGAAAUAAAAGUUCUUAAUAUAAAGCUGCAAAAACUAAGCAACCAAUCAACCUCUAGUAGUAAUGUGAAUAAUUCCUCAACAAUUUCAAAUUAACAGUAAUAGCUUAAUGAGGAAGUAAAGUAUUAAUAGCAACAAAUUACUUCACUGAAAUAAAAUUAAAUAUAUAAUUAACAAUAAUGUAAAACUGUUGCUACUGAAGAUUCAUAGUCUAGACAUUCUAAUGCAGAUUUAAGUUAAUAAUACUUUGGUUUAGAUAAAUUGAGAAAGAUUAAAAGAGAAAUGGAAAUGUUCUAUAAAGAUCUCAUUAAGAUUCUAUUUAUGGAUCAGGUUGAUAAAGAUGUUGCUAUUCAAAUGGAAAAGAGAAUUAACAAUCUUAUCAUGAGUGUUAAUGAUUAGAUAGAUGAAAUUGAAAUUAGACAAUAGCAAGCAUAAAUGAAUGGAUUGUUAAGUCCUAAAAACAUUAAGGAUAUUAAUUAAUCAACACAAUAGCAAGAUCUUUAAAGAAAAUAGCUACCAGCUAGAGCUAAUUCUAGUGAUGUGAGAUAAAUGCCAUAAAGCAGAUCAAAUAUCUAGCCUCAGUAAUAAUUGAAGAAUAUGAUGAACAAUAUUCUUGGUGGAAAUAGCCAUAAUACCUAAUCCUCGACCUCUAAUCCUUAUUCACAGCCAUAAUUUAAUAAACCAUCACUUGGUGGAGGAAGUUUUAUCGGAAAUUCAUCAAAUAUCCCUCCUUUAGGCUAACAAUUAAGCGGAAGCAAAAUAGGACUGCCACCAUCAUCGGGAGGAAGCAGCAGUAAGAAAGAUCACAUGCCAAUUAAAGGUGUCCAUAACAACAAUCGUUGA